UAGAGCUGCUUGGGUCAUGGGCACCGCAGCUUCAGCCCCCGGAAGAGAGCCGAGCUAAGGCCGAAGGAGCGGGCCGCAGCUCGUCCGCCCCAUCCAGCUUGCCCGCCCCAGAACCGACGCCUGGACAGCCAGGGAUUUGGCAGCGCGGGGCCGACUAGGAGCAAGCUGAGCAGCCCCUGGCGGCUCAGACUACCUGUCAGUGCUCUCCCGGGUGGGACGGCCCGGUGGGGAGCGUCUGCUGGCCAGCUGCGGGUGCUCGGGCGAGUAGACCACCCCCACUCCGGGGCCCCAGCACCAGCUCCUGCCCUGAGGGCGGCCACUUCCCACCCUCCUCUCCCCCUACUGGCCGAGCGCGCGGCGGGCGGGCUCCGCCAGCCCGAUCUCCCCACUGCCCACCCUGCUUCCCACCCGGCGCCCGGGUUUCUGCUCCCGGCCACUCUCCCGGCAACUUUCCGUGCUUUGUUCUCCGACUGGAAAUGCUUUACGGAAGCGUCUUAGACAGGGGCUCCGCCAGGCGGCAAGAGCUCCGCGCUGAGAUGUGUUACCUUCUCAUCUCCCCAUCAAUUAUGGAUGGAAACAAAUAAGGAAGAGUCAAUUUUGCAUGAGCCCCUUCUCCGACAGCGAAAGGCGUCCUGCAGCCGGGAGGGAGCCGCCGCUCGCCUCCGCAGCCACUAGCGGGGGCAUGGUGAGGAGGAAGGUAGCUAAGUGGGAUUUCUGAGGAGGGGCUGCUCUGACUUCCUCGUGGCCCACCAUGAGGUUCUUCCUACUUUGUGUCCACAUGCUGCUCCUGAUGAUUCCUCAGUUGAGGGCUGUCAGCUUUCCUGAAGACGACGAGCCCCUCAAUACUGUCGACUAUCACUAUUCAAGGCAAUAUCCGGUUUUUAGAGGACGCCCUUCAGGCAAUGAAUCGCAGCACAGGCUGGACUUUCAGCUGAUGUUGAAAAUUCGAGACACACUUUAUAUUGCUGGCAGGGAUCAAGUUUAUACAGUAAACUUAAAUGAAAUCCCCAAAACAGAAGUAAUACCAAGCAAGAAACUGACAUGGCGGUCAAGACAACAGGAUCGAGAGAACUGUGCUAUGAAAGGCAAACAUAAAGAUGAAUGCCACAACUUUAUCAAAGUAUUUGUUCCAAGAAAUGACGAGAUGGUUUUUGUUUGUGGUACCAAUGCAUUCAAUCCUAUGUGUAGGUACUAUAGGUUGAAUACCUUAGAGUAUGAUGGAGAAGAAAUUAGUGGCCUGGCAAGAUGCCCAUUUGAUGCCAGACAAACCAAUGUUGCCCUCUUUGCUGAUGGGAAGCUAUAUUCUGCCACAGUGGCUGACUUCUUGGCCAGCGAUGCUGUUAUUUAUCGAAGCAUGGGCGAUGGAUCUGCCCUUCGCACAAUAAAAUAUGAUUCCAAAUGGAUAAAAGAGCCACACUUUCUUCAUGCCAUAGAAUAUGGAAACUAUGUUUAUUUCUUCUUUCGAGAAAUUGCUGUAGAACAUAAUAAUUUAGGCAAGGCUGUCUAUUCCCGUGUGGCCCGCAUAUGUAAAAACGACAUGGGUGGCUCCCAGCGGGUCCUGGAGAAACACUGGACAUCAUUUCUGAAGGCUCGGCUUAACUGUUCUGUCCCUGGAGAUUCGUUUUUCUACUUUGAUGUUCUGCAGUCUAUUACAGACAUAAUACAAAUCAAUGGCAUCCCCACUGUGGUCGGGGUGUUUACCACUCAGCUCAACAGCAUUCCUGGUUCAGCAGUCUGUGCAUUUAGCAUGGAUGACAUUGAAAAAGUAUUCAAAGGACGAUUCAAAGAACAGAAAACACCAGAUUCUGUUUGGACAGCAGUCCCCGAAGACAAAGUUCCAAAACCAAGGCCUGGCUGUUGUGCAAAACAUGGCCUUGCUGAAGCUUACAAAACCUCCAUUGAUUUUCCGGAUGAGACCCUGUCCUUCAUCAAAUCCCACCCCCUGAUGGACUCUGCCGUUCCACCUAUUGCUGAUGAGCCCUGGUUCACAAAGACUCGGGUCAGGUACAGAUUGACAGCCAUCGCGGUGGACCGUUCUGCAGGGCCCCACCAGAACUACACAGUCAUCUUCGUUGGCUCUGAAGCCGGUGUGGUACUUAAAGUUUUGGCAAAGACCAGUCCCUUCUCUUUGAAUGACAGCGUAUUACUGGAAGAGAUUGAAGCUUACAACCAUGCAAAGUGCAAUGCUGAGAAUGAAGAAGACAAAAAGGUCAUCUCAUUACAGCUGGAUAAAGACCACCAUGCAUUGUACGUAGCAUUCUCCAGCUGUGUUAUCCGCAUCCCCCUGAGCCGCUGCGAGCGAUAUGGAUCAUGUAAAAAGUCUUGUAUUGCAUCUCGUGACCCGUACUGUGGCUGGUUAAGCCAGGGAGCCUGCGGGAGAGUGACCCCAGGGAUGCUGCUGCUAACUGAAGACUUCUUUGCUUUCCAUAACCACAGUGCUGGAGGAUAUGAACAAGACAUAGAAUACGGCAACACCGCCCAUCUAGGGGAUUGCCAUGAAAUUUUGCCUACUUCAACUACACCAGAUUACAAAAUAUUUGGCGGUCCAACAUCUGACAUGGAGGUAUCUUCAUCUUCUGUUAUCACAGUGGCAAGUAUCCCAGAAAUUACACCCAAAGUGAUUGAUACCUGGAGACCUAAACUGACGAGCUCCCGGAAAUUUGUAGUUCAAGAUGACCCAAACACUUCUGAUUUUACUGAUCCUUUAUCGGGUAUCCCAAAGGGUGUGCGAUGGGAAGUCCAGUCUGGAGAGUCUAACCAGAUGGUCCAUAUGAACGUCCUCAUCACCUGUGUCUUUGCUGCUUUUGUUUUGGGGGCAUUCAUUGCAGGGGUAGCAGUAUACUGCUAUCGUGACAUGUUUGUCCGGAAGAACAGAAAGAUCCAUAAAGAUGCAGAAUCCGCCCAGUCAUGCACAGACUCCAGUGGAAGUUUUGCCAAACUGAAUGGUCUCUUUGAUAGCCCAGUUAAGGAAUACCAACAGAAUAUUGAUUCUCCUAAACUCUAUAGCAACCUGCUGACCAGUCGGAAAGAGCUGCCACCCAGUGGAGAUACAAAAUCCAUGGUGAUGGACCAUCGAGGCCAACCUCCAGAGCUGGCUGCUCUCCCCACACCGGAGUCCACUCCUGUGCUUCACCAGAAGACCCUGCAGGCCAUGAAGAGCCAUUCAGACAAGGCUCAUGGCCAUGCAGCUUCAAGGAAAGAAACCCCCCAGUUUUUUCCUUCCAGUCCUCCACCCCACUCCCCACUAAGUCAUGGGCACAUCCCCAGUGCCAUUGUUCUUCCAAAUGCUACCCAUGACUACAAUACAUCUUUCUCAAACUCCAAUGCUCAUAAAGCUGAAAAGAAGCUUCAAAGUAUUGAUCACCCUCUUACAAAGUCAUCAGGUAAGAGAGAUCACCGGCGUUCUGUGGAUUCCAGAAAUACCCUCAAUGAUCUCCUGAAACAUCUAAAUGACCCCAACAGUAACCCCAAAGCCAUCAUGGGAGACAUCCAAAUGGCCCACCAGACCCUAAUGCUGGAUCCUGUGGGACCUAUGUCUGAGGUCCCACCCAAGGUCCCCAACAGGGAGGCAUCACUCUAUUCACCUCCUUCAACGCUCCCCAGGAAUAGUCCAACCAAGCGAGUGGACGUCCCCACCACUCCUGGGGUCCCAAUGACUUCUCUGGAAAGACAAAGGGGUUAUCACAAAAAUUCUUCCCAGAGGCACUCUAUAUCUGCUAUGCCUAAAAACUUAAACUCACCAAAUGGUGUUUUGUUAUCUAGACAGCCUACUAUGAACCGUGGAGGAUACAUGCCCACCCCCACGGGGGCGAAGGUGGACUAUAUUCAGGGGACACCCGUGAGUGUUCAUCUGCAGCCUUCCCUCUCCAGACAGAGCAGCUACACCAGUAAUGGCACCCUUCCCAGGACGGGACUAAAGAGGACACCGUCCUUAAAACCUGAUGUGCCACCAAAGCCUUCCUUUGUUCCUCAAACCACGUCUGUCAGACCACUGAAUAAAUACACUUACUAGGCAUCAAGUGUGCUAUUCCUGUGUGGUUUUAUCCUGUCCAUGUUGUUGAGAGGAUGAUGUUAUAAGGGUACCUUAGGACAAGAGACUUGCUUGUAUUUUAAAAGAACCAAGUGGCCAAAGAGACUCUCACUUUGGCAACAUCAGAACUUGCCACAUGUAGCUGCGGCAGCGAUACUUCUGUGUAUUGGCCUGAAAAACAAAGGAAGGUGCUGGUCAUUCCAUUUCUUUUGUUUGAAGCUAAAGCGAUGUGUAGCUCCCAAGGGCUACCUUACCAGUAUCAAGAGCUGAUACAGUACUCAGAAGAAUCUGUGAACAAAUACUUGAAAAUGGGUUCAAUUUAGACUGCCCUUGUGUGUGGUCUUCCCAUUAAAUGUGAACAUUUAAUAUGUAUGCAUUCACCUUGCCUCUUGCACAAAUGUCAAAAAAAAAAAAAAAAAAGAUGGUAAUGUCUCAAAGAAAUGAACU